UUAAAAUCAUUUGAGUUAAGCAAUUUCCUGUGAUUAAUGCAGAGGUUAUAAGAGGUCAGAAAAAAAGUUUCGAUUAAAUUGAAUAUUUUCUGAACUAAAAAAAUAUAAUAAAGCAAUUAAUAAAAAUAUUUAAAAUUAAUGAAAUGGAAAACGAAGUAAAUGUAACAGGUUAUGAUGAAAGCAGUCACAUGUCGUUUUUAGAGGGCAGUGGGGCUGAUUUACUAACAAAUGUUUCUAAUACUCCACUAUGCAGUGAGAAUGAGGCAGAUAAAUCAAAUUUACAAGAAAAUCUCCGUUUUGACAGUGAUGACUCAGUCCUAGAUUCCGACUAUGAGGACUCAACUUCUGCUAAUAAUGGAAAUAGUAGCAAUUUAAAUGAUGAUGAACUGCUCAACGAGGCGCCGACUACAUCCCAAAGAGCUUAUUCGAGGAAAGAAUCAUGCACAAGACGGAACUUGGGAAAGGCAUACGUUAAUGUAAAGAGUGUUGUUGUGUCGGAAAGAAAAUUGAGACCACUUAUUAUUGAUUGACGCAUGAAGUGCAAAUAAAAGGUUCCGCUUGCAUUUCAGAAAA